CAGUAUAAAUUCUGUUCUUUCGGAGGAAACGCACAAAGUGUAUUUACUGCAGUUUGAUAAUAAUUCAUGUCGAUCUGGACUCGAAGCUCAAAGUUCAAUAACAACUAUCCGGUUCCGAAGGAAAGGAAGUUUUCCAUUCGAACGAAUCACGGCGAUUUCCUGAAAGCUCAAAACAAUUAACACUUUUAAGGAGUAUUAAACACGUGGACAAGACACGUUUGAAAAGGGAACGCCAAGAGUUUAUUAGAAAUCGCAAUCAAAUUACGCGCCAUUCGUCAUCUCCCGGGUGAUCGAGCGUCAUGUGAUUCGAAAUUAGCCGAACGAAGCGACGACGGUACCGAGGUUAUAAAUAGCGGCUGCCAGAGAGUGGGGAGUCUCUUUUACUUUCUACACUGUGCCGUAGUGCGUUUGGUCCACGCUCGCCUCGCUAUUACGUUGUGCGCUGUGCUGGUGUAGAGUUCGCUCGUGCCGAAACCAAAGUAGGGUAUAGAGAUCAGACUUAAACUUCCUCGCUUUCUUUAACAAUUAACAACGUCAGACAAGCUGAACCUGUCAACGAAGUCGGGACACGUGGCCGAAGCAUCCGAGCGUAAACGAAAGGACCUAACGGCUGUAUCUAUUACCACGAAACGAAGGAAAAUGCCGGAGACCGCUCACCACAUGAACGGAUACGCUAACGGGCACACGCCGCCCGAGCUACAGCAGGACACCAGUUUUCUAUUCACAUCAGAGUCCGUUGGCGAAGGCCAUCCAGAUAAAAUGUGUGACCAAAUAAGUGAUGCUAUUUUAGAUGCACAUUUAAAGCAAGAUCCUGAUGCAAAAGUUGCUUGCGAGACUGUGACAAAAACAGGAAUGAUCCUGUUAUGUGGAGAAAUCACAUCAAAAGCUGUGGUAGACUAUCAGAAAAUUGUUCGGGAUACUGUCAAGCACAUUGGAUAUGACGAUUCGUCGAAAGGUUUUGACUUCAAGCUCUGCAGUGUUCUGUUGGCGCUUGAUGCCCAAUCACCAAAUAUUGCAGCAGGAGUUCAUGAAAACCGUAGUGAUGAAGAAGUCGGCGCAGGAGAUCAGGGUUUGAUGUUUGGAUAUGCAACAGAUGAAACUGAUGAAUGUAUGCCACUAACUGUUGUGUUAGCACACAAGUUAAACCAAAAAAUCGCAGAAUUAAGACGAAGUGGUGAAUUAUGGUGGGCAAGACCAGACUCAAAAACACAAGUUACUUGCGAGUAUGUAAUGGAUCAUGGUGCCUGUGUACCUAUAAGAGUUCAUACGGUAGUUGUGUCAUUGCAACAUAGUGAAAAAAUUGGUUUGGAAGAAUUGCGUAAAGCAGUCAUGGAAAAGGUUAUCAAGGAAGUAAUUCCAGCAAGGUAUCUGGAUGAUAGAACAAUCUUCCAUGUUAAUCCUUGUGGGUUGUUUAUCAUUGGUGGUCCACAGAGUGAUGCUGGUCUUACUGGUCGUAAAAUUAUAGUUGACACAUACGGUGGCUGGGGAGCUCAUGGUGGUGGUGCAUUUUCUGGUAAAGACUUCACAAAAGUUGAUAGAUCUGCUGCUUAUGCAGCAAGAUGGGUUGCUAAAUCUUUGGUAAAAGCUGGUCUUUGCAGACGUUGUCUUGUACAGGUUUCUUACGCUAUUGGAGUAGCAGAACCUCUCUCAAUUACAGUUUUCGACUAUGGUACUUCUAAAUUAUCUCAAAACGAACUUCUAGAUAUAGUCAAUAAAAAUUUCGAUUUACGACCUGGAAAAAUCGUUAAGGAAUUGAAUCUUCGUAACCCCAUUUAUCAACAAACUAGUACUUAUGGACAUUUUGGCCGAGAAGGAUUCACUUGGGAACAACCAAAAACUCUAAUUCUUGAUUGAUGAGAGCAUAGGUUCUAAAUCAGUUUGACGUUUUUUUUAUUGCAAAACGUCUAUCAAAAGUCGUUCUCAAUAAUCAUAUAUCUCGUAAAUGUUUUCCGAGAUUUUCCGACCUCCGCGCUACUUCGUCAAGUCCAUCAAUUCCUUUUGCCAAUUUAGUACUAGCAGGAAGAAUAACAUUAGAUUUUUCCACAUCACGAAGUACUUGGUAUUAUGUAAUAUAGUACAAAUUUGUUGAUUCAGCAUGCAAGCAAGAACAGUUUUUUUUUUUACUAUUUGCAAUCUGAAUUGAAGUUUAUCAAUCAUUAAGUAUAAUGAAACAAUCGGCAAAGGAAAAGGUGAACUAAGCCUGUUAUGAGUCUGUUACCUACACUGUGUAUUUGCAACAGUCACGUAAGAUAGUUUAUUUACCAGUGAUAUACAACUCAUCAUGGCUUAUAAGUGGUGUGUGUUGGAAGUAAAAAUGACAAAAGAACAAUAAUACUAAGAAUGUGUAAGAAAUAUUCUGUAUUUGAAAAAUGUAUAAAUUGGCAACAUCGGGCCGUGCCUCUAAACAACAUUUGAGAUGAAAAUAUUAUCUCAAAUUUUUAGCAGUGUUUUAGUACGGUGUAUGAACGUACGUGAAAGCUCGACCAAUUUUGUUUUAAAAUAUUAAUAUAACAUUUUAAUAAUUUGUAUUUACCUAUCCUAGAAAAUUAAUAAUAUUGAUGCUUUCAUGUACGUUUUUUCAUUAGAAUUAUUUAUCGUUCGAGUGCAAAUAUAAACUGGUAACGAUUAUGUACAUUAAUUUUCAGCAAAGUGGGAAAAUUAAGCGACCAAUUAUAAACAAAUUUUCUUUUUCAUAUUGUUUAAAUCUUUCAUGACAAUGCAGUAUAAUCUUGACGAGGGGUUAAUAAUAUCGCAUUUAUUUAAAUCUUUUUGUCGAUCAGAACGUACAACAAAAUUUUUUAAUUACAUUUGCAUUUAAGUAAUCGCGAUACUACUAACUCUCAUAUAUACAUAUUUUCUCACUUUGCUUUGUUUGAAUAGAUAAUUGUAAUAGGUAUUCUCGAUUUCGCAAUGUAUAGCAAAUAUGUAAUGCAAAAUCGAACGUUAGACCUUAUUUUAUGGAGGUCUAGAGCAAAUCGUGUAGCGGAGCUCGAUUUUUCCAAGUUGUAGUGUGAAGAUCUGUGACAUUAUCGUAUUUUAAAUCAACAAAAAUGUAAAUGAAAUUUAGUAAAUUCGUUCCAUUAGAUUGAUGUAAUGAUCUAUCAUAUAAUGAUAUUGGCAAUGUAAAGAAACACAAGAUCAUCAUAUGCAAAUCAUAAUAAAAAAGAUUUUUUAAUAAAAUA